AUGGCGAUCACCGGCGGCCAGCUAGAAAACAACAUUUCUCCGGCCAACCCAGCCGUCAGACUCUCCUCUGGAGGAUGGAAAUCGGCGAGGCUUAUUAUCUUUGUAGAAAUGGCAGAGCAUUUCGCGUAUUACGGGGUAUCGUCGAACCUCAUAACAUACCUCACGGGACCAUUGGGACAGUCAACGGCUACAGCUGCAGCGAAUGUCAACGCCUGGAGUGGAACGGUGUCGUUUUUACCACUUCUCUGGGGCUUCAUCGCUGACUCGUUUCUUGGCCGGUUUUGUACCAUCCUAAUCGCAUCUUGUCUCUAUAUCUUGGGACUUGGGUUGCUAUCAUUUUCAUCCAUGAUUCCUUCUAACUGCGAAACUCCGAAUCAACUCGUCUCAUGUGCUUCUCAGCUCCAAGUGACUCUUUUCUUUUGCUCUCUGUAUAUUAUAGCCGUAGGACAAAGCGGUUACAAACCUUGUAUUAAGGUAUUUGGAGCUGAUCAGUUCGAUGGAAAUGAUCCAACAGAGGCAAAAGCCAAGAGUUCUUACUUUAACUGGAUGAUGUUUGGAAUCUGUAUUAGUAUAUUGACCUCUCGUUUGGUCUCUAAUUACAUCCAAGAGAAUCUAAGUUGGUCAUUAGGGUUUGGUAUUCCAAGUGUUUUCAUGCUACUUUCUCUGUUUCUGUUCCUCCUUGGAAUUAAGAGUUAUCGUUAUAGCGAUGCAAGAGGAGUAAGUAAAAACCCUUUUGCUAGAAUAUUUCAUGUUUUCGUGGAGGCAAUAAAGAACAAGAGACAACCAGAUUUAGAUAAAUAUAACACCAACGAAACACUCCUUCUUCUACCUCAUCAAAAUUCAAAACAAUGGAGGUUCCUUGACAGAGCAGCUAUUUCCUGUGAUAUCGUUGAAAUUGAGGAAGCGAAAGCAGUUCUUAGGCUUGUUCCAAUAUGGAUGACUUGUUUAGUCUAUGCCAUUGUAUAUGCACAAUCCAAUACUUUCUUCACAAAACAAGGAGCCACAAUGGACAGGUCAAUCUCACCAGGACUCUUAGUCCCUGCAGCUACACUCCAUUGCUUUGUAAGCCUAACAAUUGUCAUCUUCAUCCCAAUCUACGACCGUCUACUCAUCCCAAUCGCAAGAUCCUUCACUCAAAACCCAUUAGGAAUAACACAGCUUCAAAGGAUUGGCACUGGGAUUUUCCUUUACAUUCUUGCUAUGAUAGUAGCCGCUUUGGUCGAGACAAAAAGACUCCAAGCCGCUAGGGAUGAUAUCACAAUACUGAUGAGCGUUUGGUGGUUGGUUCCGCAGUAUGUUCUCUAUGGAGUCGCGGACGUGUUCACAUUGGUUGGUUUGCAAGAGUUCUUCUACGAUCAGGUCCCUAAUGAGCUUAGGAGCAUCGGUAUGGCUUUGAACCUAAGCAUUUUUGGGGUCGGCAGCUUUCUGAGCAGCCUCAUGAUAUCAGUUAUCGAUAAGGUCACAAGCCACUCUGGCCAAACGAGCUGGUUCGAUAAUGACCUGAACAAGGCUCAUCUAGAUUACUUUUACUGGCUACUGGCUUGUCUUAGCUCCAUUGGUUUAGCCUCCUACUUGUGGUUUGCCAAGUCAUAUGUCUAA